AUGGAGAAAAGUGAUGAAAAUCUCGCCUCCAAAGAGGCAAGCAAUCCUACAAAAGCUCCAAGAGAAACAAAAAUACGUUUUGAAAGUCAGCCUAACUCUAGAUUUCGCAAAAAAUCUCUGUUUUCCGAAAAAAAUCAUGAAUACUAUGACAAAUUCAAAAGCGAGCUAACAUCGGGAGCUUUGGAUGCAUCUGAGAGUGAUCUUGAGAAAAUUGUUCUUGUUCCUAAUUUUGUACCGAGAUAUUUCAGUAAACCAAAAGAAAAUAUUAUUACAAAUACACAUCGAAGGAACGACGCAUUAAUUAAAACAAUCCCCAAAGAUAAAUAUAAAGAAAUUCGUGAAAAUACUCUGUCUAAAUCAAAGAAAAUUUAUGAGGCCAAGAUGAAAUCAUAUAAUGACAUGUUUAAACAAGAUGUAAAGUCGAUUUCGGAACUAAAUGUUUCGGGUUCUCAAGAUGAAAUAGCUAUCACGUUUCCAGAUAUGAGUCAUGAAGAAAUGGAACAAAAAUAUAUGAAAUUAGAGCACAAUUUGAAAGAUAUCAUACAUCAGAAUGAAGCACUACAUUCUCAUCUACUUAUUAUUGGAAAAGCAAGAGACCAAUUACAACUCCAACGAGAUAGUUUGAAAGAAGUCAUCAAAUGGCAAAAUAGAGCAAUAAACAAUGUCAAGAAUGCUACGACCAAGAAAUAG